UUUUUUAAUACCUCUCUCUACCUUUCUUUUGGAAACAGCUGCGGCCACUAGUAUUAACGUUUAAACCCAUGGGCCCUACUCUAUAUAUAAGGAAACCACCAUGUAGACAUCAACUAUCCCAUCACAAAACAUUCGAAAAUGAGAAUGAGUUGUAAUGGAUGCAGAGUACUCCGCAAGGGCUGUACUGAAGACUGUAGCAUCAGGCCUUGCUUACAAUGGAUCGAUAAUCCCGAGUCCCAAGCACAUGCCACCACUUUUCUUGCCAAGUUCUAUGGCCGCGCAGGUCUUAUGAACCUAAUCAAUGGUGGUCCUAACCACCUCCGUCCCGAAAUAUUUAGGUCGCUUUUGUAUGAUGCCUGCGGUCGAUUAGUGAACCCGGUCUAUGGAUCAGCCGGAUUACUAUGGUCUGGGAACUGGCACCUUUGCCAGAAUGCUGUGGAGGCGGUUUUAAGAGGAGAUCCAAUUACACAGACUGUCGCAAUUGAUGCUGCUGAGGUUAAUAAUGGGCCUCCUCACAAGGCUUAUGACAUUCGACAUGUUCCCAAAAACGAGAACUCGAACAAUCAUCAUGGAGUCAAGAAUCGUUUGAGGUUCAAGAGGUCUGCUGGGAAAGAGUUGAAUGGGCCAAUCAGCCAUGACUCAACACUCAGUCAUCAAUCGGAGGCGGCGAUGAAUGGGGAAGGGGGUAGUGGAGAGAUGGCUGAAGGGUCAGCUUUGUUUAGAGCUCCGCAGGAUUGGUUUGUUCCAGAAAAGGAUAAUAAUGUUGUUGAAGCUGAGAGUGAAGAGGAUGAGCUAGAGCUGACACUUGGUGUUAAGAAAGGAAAGAGCAUCCAAGGUGGAUCUGGAAUUUAGAUAUGUGUGGCUGUGCGCCCCUAGUUAGUAUAAUAACUUUAGCUUUUAAGUAAUGAUAUUUGUGCUUAUACUUUUUUGGCCCGAAAUGAAAUGUACACAACUGGUGCCUACGCAUCAGUAGAAAGAGAGAGUACUAUGUUCUAU